AAACUACAGCCUGUUCAAAAUGAGAUUCACAGCGAUCAUUUGCGUGCUCUUUGCAGUGCUUGGCCUCUCACUGGGUCUCAAGGAUCCUGUUUGUGGUUUACCGCCUGCAGCCGAUGGAAACGGUGUGAUCAGGUGUGCCGCCUUUAUUCCAAGCUGGAGCUAUAAUCCCAGCGAUAAUUCUUGCAAGGAUUUCGUCUAUGGCGGCUGCGGAGGCAAUGCUAAUCGCUUUGGAAGCAAAGAGGAAUGCGAGGCCAAGUGCGUGUAGUUCGUAUAUCAAAGCUGGAUCUAUGACCUAAAUAAAUAAAUUUGUUGAAUAAAACUAUGCGAGCUGUCGCUUAUUUUAACCUUGAAA